CGCCCGCGCGGCCGCCGCGUCCCCGCCCCUCCGCCAUGGCCGAUGUGGAGGACGGGGACGAGCCCGGCGCCCCCCACUCGCUGCCGGGCUCCGCGGGCUCCAAGGCAGGCGUCCCCGACAAGAUGUUCUCGCUGAAGAAGUGGAACGCGGUGGCCAUGUGGAGCUGGGACGUGGAGUGCGACACCUGCGCCAUUUGCCGCGUGCAGGUCAUGGAUGCCUGUCUUAGAUGUCAAGCUGAAAACAAACAAGAAGAUUGUGUUGUGGUUUGGGGAGAAUGCAAUCAUUCCUUCCACAAUUGCUGCAUGUCCUUGUGGGUGAAACAGAAUAAUCGCUGUCCCCUCUGCCAGCAGGACUGGGUAGUCCAGAGAAUAGGCAAAUAAAAACUGGAAGGGUUUCUUUCUGUUGCAUUUGUUGGAAUGGUGUGUGUGUUAUGCCCUAUGCUCAUGCAGAACGGAAUGUGUCAAUUAGGACACGACUCACUUGGUUUAUCUGCUCCAAGACCAGAGUGGGUUUGGUGCAGGCUCCUGGCUGCACAAGGUGCAGUUCAUGGUCAGGCUCACUGCAGGGGUUCCACAAUUAAACGAGAGACGCUACAUCAACAAAUGUAUCUGCUAUGAUUAAAGUGUUACCUGUAUCAGAGCAUAGAAACCUGGUGGUGCAGAUUAUACCCUAAACACAGAUCACUUCAUCUUUGAUAAAUGAACUAAAUUAAAAGGGUCACCUUACCUGGUCUGAUACACUGCAUAGUUUACUGUCAGGAUAAAAUAAUUCCUAAGUAAUAUUGUAUGCAAAAACACAGUAUGUUUUUUAAGAAACUGUUCUGGGUUUUAAUCUAAAAUGAACAGUGUGUAAAACAUUUGCUAUGUGCUUUUUCCAUCACACUGUAUUAAACAUUUCUAAUUUAGGUUUUCUUUAUGACUUUUGUUUUGUUGUAUCUCUAAGUGUGUUGCUCUAUUAUAUUCUAUACAUUAUUUCUACAACCAUAAAAUUAAAAUUUAACUACAUUAAUAAUGGAGACAUGUAUUUUUAAUCGAAAGAUUUUUGGUACUAAGACGUGUAUUUGAUAAUCAGUUAAUUAGCGGUGUAGACAAUCUUGCUGGUUAGGUGAUUAAUAUAGGAAGCAAACAAAAGUGAUAAUUUAAAUAACCCAAGAAAGGAGGCACUAAUUAAAUCUAGGGAAAAAAGUUAAAUUGUGAUUUCAUGAAAAUUCAGUUGAUAGAAAUUUCUUUAUUAUCUUUUUAUUGGUCAUAAUAUUUUGGAAGCUUUUUUUCAUUUUUGUAGAAAUCCUGAAUAUAUCAUCAUCUUCGAAUUUUUUCUUACAGAUAUUUAAAUGCUUGCCUCUAACUUUGUCUUUUCCCUAAAUAUCCAAAUUACUAUGAAUCUGAACAUAUGCUGUGGGAUUUUUAAAAUAUAUGUAAUGGAAAGGGAGAAUUAUUGCUUUAAAUCUGUAACAAAUUCAGGCUUAAUAAAAAUGGUUAAUCAACAUGGGUGCAAUUGAAGCAAUAUAAUAUGCAUUUUUACUUCAAAAUUAUUAUCUUUAAUGUUUAAUGUGUUUCUCAGCAGAUGUAUUUCUAUCUAGUUCUAAGUACAUUUAAAGAGGUUUAUCUUCACUGUAUAAAGUAGUUCCAGUCUUUGUGUCAUCAAGCAUAUUGCAGAGUUUACUGUGGUUUUGUUUAAUAUUGUAAUCUUGUUUUUAAGAUGUUUUGGUUUUUUAAUGUAGCUUUUGUUUCAUUACACACGGAGAUAAAAAAUCCUGAGUCACUGUUACACUGUAUCACAUCAGUUGUUAUUAUGCCAGAUGAUGUCUGUCUUAAAACUGAAAACAAAUGUAAAAUAUGUUAACAAUAGUAAUGAAGUGCCUAUAGCAUUUACAUUGUUGUGUAGUAUUUCUGUAUGUGUAAAAGUAUUCCCAAAAUUUUUGCAAAAAAAGAAAAUCUGAGUGGAUGUGGAAAUAAAUUUUAGCUGUCACAGUCAAACUGGAUCUUACCUACCAUGUAUUUUCUCUUCCAAAUUUGGUCCUAGGUUCCAUCCUGUGACCUCUGGUAAUGCCAUAUCGUCCCAUCAGAAGACUUUCUUCAUAUUUCUUUGAUUUAUAGGUGAAUAUGGAAAGUACCAAACCCUGCUUUUAGCUCAUGUCACAUGCAUGGCAAGAGUAGCUGAGAAUUACAGUUGUGGAAAAGUUUUUCCAAAGUGUCAGCUCAAAGGGGUGUUGACACAAAUGAGGUAUUAGGAAAAUUUAUGUUGAAAUCAAAGCAGCUGAUAUUUGUGUGUAUCUCUUUGCAUAUUAUAAGUACCUUGUUGACCAGUGAUUGAGGUUCAUCUAGAACAUAAGGUAAUGCAUUUUAAGUCCUGCAUAUUUUCUCUGUGAUUUAGAGAUUAGCCUAAGUCCCAGUCUUUCUAUGAGCUUUGCUCCAGAGAGCUUUUACAAAUCAUACCCUGAUAGGCCAUUAGCAUGGUUGCUAGUACAUCCCCAUUUUCAAUUCUGUAGUUGUUCACCUCUUGUACAUGCCCAUCUCAAUCUCAAAAUAAAUCAUUUUUACUUCUCA